AUGCAUUCCGUUGUUGGGCGCCAGCGUAAUAGCAAGUCCAAAGAGGGCUCCAAGGAGUCCCCUGGGGGCCUGUAUACGUUGACGAAUGUGCACCCGGAGACAGUGAUCCAAAGGAUAUCUCGCGUAUUGCCCGCUGGCCGGUCCGCUACUGGCUGCAGCCUUGGGUCCUUCCGACCAGAGGAGGAGGAGGAGGAGGAGUAUAUUUAA